AUGCCGUCAGACGCAAAGAAAGCGAGAGAUGCGGCUAAGAAAGCUGCUGCUAAGCAGCAGAAAAGAGGAGGAAAGAAGGUAGAACAGAAAGAAGAUCCCGCGACUGAGGCUCAGACAAACGGGGAAACAAAAGAGGCAAUUACUAACGGUGCAGCAGUGAAUGACGAUCAAAUAGAUGCGACCAUCGACGCCGCAGCUCUAACUCUGGAACAGAUUGAGAUUGAUAAUGCUAAAGCACGAUCAGUUGCUGGUGCAUUGACUUCGAAUCCCAGAGGUCUCGAUCACAAAGUGGAAAGUUUGACGGUAUGCUGCAAAACACCAUUUUGA